AUGUACAAAUGGAGGCCACGGGGAUGCGGGGGUGUUGGGGGCCUAAAGCUCCGGAAUCAGGAGGCGACUCAUUUUCUCUCCUUUCCGGCCUCUUUCUCUUCUGCCGAGCGCUCUGAGGUUCAUAUGUACCCAGAUGAUCAGCUCGGCCCUUCUCCACUGGACAGUGGCCAGAGGUCCCUGGAGACCCGGAGAGGGUCUCUCCGGAGCCCAAAUCACCCCACCCCCAAACCCCGCAGCUGGAUGGGAGUCCAGGCCACUUCCCUAUCCGGAGCCGGUGGGACAAGGAGUCCUGGUGCCAAAUUUGGCCGCGGUACAGGCGCUAAUUGUUUCAGAGACACUACAGGUGAAAUUAACAGCGGGCUGGCUGUCCAGGCCUGGGUGGAGCAUGCCCUUGUUAGCUUGAAGGUUCUCCCUCGCAGCCCGUUUGGAUGCGUGCGUCUACAGCCCAGUCGCACUUGGCAAGAAAAGAGAAACACGGGAGACGAAUGUUGAAACCCAGAUCUCCUCGCUGAGCCUGGAAGCUCGCCACCGUGGGAUCACGGGAACCAGAGGCAAGAGGCUGCGAAUGAGUCCAGCACCCGCUUUCCUCGGAUUUUAAAAGCAUACCUGGGGCCAGAGACUGCACAGCCAACUAAAUGGAGUAAACGCAACAGGUGGAGGAGGCAGAGUUGCCAAGGGCCAAGCCCGGCGCGAUCUGGCCAGUUCUUGGGGAGCGCGGACCUCGGACUGCAGAGAGACGUUUUGAAGAGUGCUGAGCGCACCUGCCUCUCGGAGAUACCCAACUCCGCCCGGGCGUCUGCUGAGAACGCACAGUCCACAGACCCCGGGAGGGCUGCCCGCCCUAGGACACGUCCUCUCCGGACCCCUCACUCUUUCAAAAUUGGGGAAGAGGCGGAGGAGAUGCAAAAGAAGAAAGAAAGGAGAAGAAAAGAGAGAAGGAAGGAAAGAAAUUUUAAAAAAUAA